AUGAUGCUCCUAUACGGUACCUGUGAUCGCACAGCUCAACCGUGUAUGUUAAACAGAUGUCAGUUACAUGUAGAACUUGCAUAAUUAUGAUUGACAGCCUUAUACAACCACCAGACGUCAACAGGAGGUAGCGUCCCGGGGGUGGGGGUCCGCUGUGUGAACGUGUUUGAUGAAGGGGUGAAGGUACCCCCCCCCUCUCCUGGGACGCUACCUCCUGUUGACGAUCUCCCGGGGUCACAUCCUUACCGUUAACUUACAUGAAUAGCAAAUAAUGGUUGUCAUUCACUGCUUUAACCAGGUAAGUAAUUGAGAACACAUUCUUUAACAUUAACAACCUGACAACCGCUAUUCCUCCGCAUAUUUGACAUUGUGCCUUAGAGGCCAAUACCUAAGAAAUAAAGUAAUGAAUGGUUUAUAAUUGUGUUUUACCAUAUUCCCAUGCAAUUUCUAACAUAUAAGAUGCUAUUAACUGCAAUUAGUUUUGUAUUCACCCCUGUCAUAACAUAAAAGCAUAGCUGAAAUUGCAUGAUAAAAUAGUAAUUACACAAUAACCUACGGACUUCUUUGCUAUUCAUUCGAAAGAGGACCACUUGGCACCAUUUGGUACCAGGCAAGUAGUGACCAAUUGUGUUGUUUUAUGAUAAAUAAGAUUUGUAGGAUUUGUAAAGGUGGUCACAUCCCAAAAAUAUGAAUAUCCUAAGCCACAAACCUCCAUGUCAUGAUAAGCAAAACCUUUCGUGUGGAUUCGUUAUAAACAAACAGAUAAAAUAAGACACAGGGAAUUGACAAGAUCAUUGAGAAGAAGAUUACAAACUAAAUAGAUGACAAGAUAUCUGAGGAUCUGUAACAGCUCAAGAUCUUAUAAUGAUCCUAACGGAGGUCUUUCAAGAUCUUUCAGAAUUCUGACAAGAUAUUAAUCAAUAUUCUAUAAGAUCUUUAAAGAGUCAAGAUCCUGCAAGCAUCACACACAUACAGUGAGGGAAAAAGGUAUUUGAUCCCCUGCUGAUUUUGUACGUUUGCCCACUGACAAAGAAAUGAUCAGUCUAUAAUUUUUAUGGUAGGUUUAUUUGAACAGUGAGAGACAGAAUAACAACAACAAAAUCCAGAAAAACGCAUGUCAAAAAUGUUAUAUAAAUUGAUUUGCAUUUUAAUUAGGGAAAUAAGUAUUUGUCCCCCUCUCAAUCAGAAAGAUUUCUGGCUCCCAGGUGUCUUUUAUACAGGUAACGAGCUGAGAUUAGGAGCACACUCUUAUAGGGAGUGCUCCUAAUCUCAGCUUGUUACCUGUAUAAAAGACACCUGUCCACAGAAGCAAUCAAUCAAUCAGAUUCCAAACUCUCCACCAUGGCCAAGACCAAAGAGCUCUCCAAGGAUGUCAGGGACAAGAUUGUAGACCUACACAAGGCUGGAAUGGGCUACAAGACCAUCGCCAAGCAGCUUGGUGAGAAGGUGACAACAGUUGUUGGGAUUAUUUGCAAAUGGAAGAAACACAAAAGAACUGUCAAUGUCCCUCGGCCUGUCGCUCCAUUCAAGAUCUCACCUCGUGGAGUUGCAAUGAUCAUGAGAACGGAGAGGAAUCAGCCCAGAACUACACGGGAGGAUCUUGUCAAUGAUCUCAAGGCAGCUGGGACCAUAGUGUCACGCCCUGACUCUGAGGACUUGUAUUUGUUGAGUCAGGGUGUGUAUUUUCUGUGUUGUGUUUGCUAUGUUGUUUUCUAUGUGUUAGAUCUAGAAUGUGUAGAUCUAUGUUGGCCGGGGUGGUUCCCAAUCAGAGGCAGCUGUAGAUCGUUGUCUCUGAUUGGGGACCAUACUUAGGCAGCCUUUUGGCACCUGUUAGUUGUGGGAUCUUGUUCCAUGUAAGGUAUGUUGUGUGUAUGCUACCUUGGACUUCACGUUUCGUUUGUUGUUUUGUCGUGGUGUUUAUUUGUUAAAUAAACAUGUAUGCUUAUCACGCUGCGCCUUGGUCCUUCUCGUUCGGAAACGAUCGUGACAGAAGAUCCCACCAAAAUAGCACCAAGCAGCGUGUUCAGGAGCAAACGCCGGGAAUUAAACAGGAGGUGACUUUAGUAGAUGUCCUCCUCGGUUGGGGGAGAAUUACGAAGGAGGAGGCCGUCCGCUACCAGAAGGCGAUGAAGGAGGAUGUCCAGGUAGGAGAGGUGAAACGGCGCCAACAGUGCCGACGACGGAGACCCGAGAGGCAACCCCAAUAAAAAUUUUGGGGGGGCACACGGUGUGGACGACGAGGCAGCAGGAGGCAGCGACAGGGCGAUUCUGCAGGUUAGGAGAGGAGGCCACCAGGUUAAGGGGGCUAUUGGUUCAGAGGGAGCAGGAGUUAUUUGGUCAGAGGGAGGAGCUACAGGAGGCUAUAAGGGAGAAGGAGAGUGUAGAGGCACGGCAAGAGGAGCUGGUUAGCCAGCAGAAGGAGCGGGGGUUUAUAAGGGAACCCAGUCCCGCUCCUCGCACCAAGCAAGUGGUGCGUGUCUCCAGUCCGGUCCGGCCCGUUCCUGAUCCCCGCACUAAGCCAGUGGUGCGUGUUCCCAGUACGGCCCAACCCAUUCCUGCUUCCCGCACAAGGCCAGUGGUGUGUGUUCCCAGUACGGUCCGGCCCGUUUCUCCUCCCCGCACUAAGCCUCCGAGGCGGAAUGCCCACCCGGCCCCUACCCUGUUAUGUUUAUGUGGCGCGGUCGGAGUCCGCACCUUUGGGGGGGGGGGUACUGUCACGCCCUGACUCUGAGGACUUGUAUUUGUUGAGUCAGGGUGUGUAUUUUCUGUGUUGUGUUUGCUAUUUUGUUUUCUAUGUUUAGAUCUAGAAUGUGUAGAUCUAUGUUGGCCGGGGUGGUUCCCAAUCAGAGGCAGCUGUAGAUAGUUGUCUCUGAUUGGGGACCAUACUUAGGCAGCCUUUUGGCACCUGUUUGUUGUGGGAUCUUGUUCCGUGUAAGGUAUGUUGUGUGUAUGCUACCUUGGACUUCACGUUUCGUUUGUUGUUUUGUCGUGGUGUUUAUUCGUUAAAUAAACAUGUAUGCUUAUCACGCUGCGCCUUGGUCCUUCUCGUUCGUAAACGAUCGUGACACAUAGUCACCAAGAAAACAAUUGGUAACACACUACGCUGUGAAGGACUGAAAUCCUGCAGCGCUCGCAAGGUCCCCCUGCUCAAGAAAGCACAUAUACAGGGCCGUCUGAAGUUUGCCAAUGAACAUCUGAAUGAUUCAGAGGAGAACUGGGUGAAAGUGUUGUGGUCAGAUGAGACCAAAAUCGCGCUCUUUGGCAUCAACUCAACUCGCCGUGUUUGGAGGUGGAGGAAUGCUGCCUAUGAUCCCAAAAACACCAUCCCCACCGUCAAACAUGGAGGUGGAAACAUUAUGCUUUAGGGGUGUUUUUCUGCUAAGGGGACAGGACAACUUCACCGCAUCAAAGGGACGAUGGACGGGGCCAUGUACCAUCAAAUCUUGGGUGAGAACCCGGGGAUCAAAUACUUUUUUCCCUCACUGUAGGUUGGAGGUCGUCCUCCGGAAGUUGUCAUAAUUACUGUGUAAGUCUAUGGAAGGGGGUGAGAACCACAAGCCUCCUAGGUUUUGUAUUGAAGUCAAUGUACCAAGAGGAGGACGGAAGCUAGAUGUCCUCCGGCUACACCAUGGUGCUACCCUAAAGAGUGCUGUUGAGGCUACUGUAGACCUUUGUUUAUUUCUCUCCAUGUCUUUCUUUGCUUGAUGUUGAAACACAUCUCCAAAAUGUACUUACAAUACAUCCAUGGGGGUAAUAUCCACUACAGUUUAGUCAUUAAAAAGUCGCUCUAAUCCAGAGCGACUAGUGGAUUCGAUCCAGCAACCUUUCAAUUACUGGCCCAGCACUCUUAACAGCUAGGCUACCUGCCGCCUUAGGGAUGUCACUUAAAACAAUUAAAUGUGUCUUCUAUUCCGCUAAAAUGGUCCUCAAAAUCAACCCCAAUAUAAGUCCCAUUGUAACCCCAGUUAAAACGUUUUAAAAAGGGUAGUCAAAUUGAUGAGGGGAUCCAAUUUAGACACUUUGCUGCAUAUUUUCGCAAGUCAUAGCUUGAAUGCUGGCAAUGUUUUGCAAUGGUACAACAUCUAAGAAAGUAGUAAGAAGUCAAGUUACACUUCUGCCUGUGUAGAAACACACUGUGAUUACACUAGUAACGACAUUGUAUUAACAUGUUAUUACUUAGUACUUUGGUAGAGCAUGGCGCUUGCAACGGCAGGAUCGUGGGUUUGAUUCCCGCCAGGGUCACCAACACGAAAAUGUAUGCACUCACAACUGUAAGUCAGUUUGAAUAAAAGCAUCUGCAAAAUGGCGUGUUGUUCCACUUGUGUAACAACCGAAACCAAUAACAUGUCAGUCCCUAGCAGAGUCAGCCAGUAGUUUGUUUCUAACUAAUUUGAACAGGUGCCAUAUUCCCAACCACUCCCACACACCCCGCCACCCCAAUACAAACACUAACACACACACUCUCAAUUCUGAGUUCUGAGAAAACCCGACAUGAAAGCAAAGAGGGAGAUGCGUCAGCCGCAUAAUGAAUGAGUUUGAGGUAUAAAUAGGCGUCUAUAAGCCACCGAACAUCACUGAAACGAGUUGAAGUACAGGUAAGUAGGACCCAUUCCCCUAUCUCUCUCUCUGAUGCUCUAAGCUCUGCCAUUUCACAUUGCCUUAUGAACGAAGCACUCUGUAGGCCUGUAGUUGUUAACCACAAUGCAUUACAUUCCUAACAUACUUCUGAUGUAAAAUGUAACUUGCUUUACCAGAGUCUAGGAGAAUUGCUUAUACAACAUGUUUUUUCUGUUCCCCUAAAAGGUUUUGAUAUUAAUUAAGUACUGUAUUUCCGAAGUCAAUUUGCAUUGUCCUCCAAUGGAGUUGGUGAAAAUGUCUCUGCUUUUCUGUGUGUGUUUGUGUCUGUUCCUGCCCAGGAUCUAAGAUGCAGGCUCUACAGGUUCUCUCUCUGACCCUGCUGUCGGUUCUGGCAGCUAACGCCCAGACCUUACGCCCUGGAAAAUGCCCCCAACCCCCCGUCCAAGCUAACUUCGAUGCCGCCAAGGUGACUAUACCUAACUUUUAUUACUGUAUAUGAAGUUGCUCUUAUGCAUGUGCAGUAGCAUUGUAGUAACAGUGUCAUUACUUGAGUAACACUGUAUUCCACAGGAGGCUACUGAGUGGAGAAAGGCUCAUAAUAAUGUCCGGAACGGAGCAAAUGGAAUGGCAUCAAAUACACAGAAACCAUGUGUUUGAUGUAUUUGAUACCAUUCCACCUGUUCAGCUCCAGCCAUUAAACACGAGCCCGUCCUCCCCAAUUAAGGUGUCACCAACCUCCUGUGUUGUAUUCAUCAAUUGUUACCUAUUCAUUUAGUAAUUGUUUUGUCAUUACAUAGUAAUGCGUUUGAGCAUUUUGUGUUAUUACACAAGUGGAAGAGAGAUUGUUCCUAUUUCCACUUUAAUAAAAAAGAUGCUGAUCUUCGGUCAGUUUCCCCACUAAUAGUUAAGGUUAGGAUUGGGGGAGGGGAAGCUGAGCCUAGAUCUGUACAUAGGGGAAACCUAACCCCGGAGCUCUAAGCCGUACCAUAGCAUAACAUUGUCAUAUAACCUUUGACCUUUUGUCUUUGGUACAGUAUCUGGGCAAGUGGUACGAGAUCCAGAAGCUUCCUGCCGUCUUCCAGAAGGGCGAGUGCACCACUGCUACCUACUCCCUGAAGAGCCCCGGAGUCGUUGGUGUCCUCAACAGGGAGCUGCUGUAUGUACAUUAAAGAGAUCAAGUUAAAACGUUUUUUUUUUUUUUAAAGUACAUUUUUGUACAUUAAACUGAGACUUCAGCGAUAUGACGUUGCCACGAUAGCGUCCAUAGCUACGACGUGAUAGCUGCCGGAUCUGAAACAACAGAGAUGUUUUGCCUCGUGCUUCAAUGCUGUUAGUUAUUGUUGGAAAUCGAGCCGAUAUUGCUGUUUACUUCAUGCAUCUCUGACUUCACCUUUAAAUUAAAUGUUUGCAUCCAGGCACUGUCGUAGCCGGCCGCGAACAGGAGACCCAUGGGGCGGCGCACAAUUGGCCCAGCGUCGUCCAGGGUAGGGGAGGGAAUGGCCGGCAGGGAUGUAGCUCAGUUGGUAGAGCAUGGCGUUUGCAACGCCAGGGUUGUGGGUUCGAUUCCCACGGGGGCCCAGUAUGAAAAAAUAAUGUAUGCACUAACUAACUGUAAGUCGCUCUGGAUAAGAGCGUCUGCUAAAUGACUCAAAUGUAAAUGUAAAAUGUAUCUCAUUCCAUGAGACCAGGCUAUCCUUUAUAAACCCAAGUCUGAGGCUUCUAUUCAAUCAAAUACAGUUAAAGGAAAACCGCACUGUGGGUUUACUCAGAAUGGUAACUGAAGGACAGGUGGGAUGUGAUGUCAUUAUCCAAUGAAAAUGCCCACAGCUUACGUGGGGGUGAGUCGGUUGACAAGGUUAUCACCUCAGAUAUAGCGUAAAACAUUCCCAGUGAACGUGCAAGUGCUGUUUUCCUUUAUCUGCCAUUGAUUGAGUAGGGGCCCAUGAGUUAGUAGGCCUUAUAAAACGCCAUUGUUGAAUGUGUUUAACCUCUAACCCUCUCUCUCCAUUUUUCUCUCAGUGCUGAUAACACGGUCAGUGCUAUCACUGGCUAUGCUAAGGCCAAGGACCCCUCUGAGCCUGCCAAGCUGCAAGUCACCUUCUUCGAGGGUAAACACACCUCAAGUCUAAUAUAUUGGUCUCAACAUUCUUGUGAGGUAGACCUAUAUAAGUCCAUUUGACUUCUUAUGUUGUCUGUUUCUGACUCAUGUCUGAUCUGAGGCCUGUAUGUGUAUGUACAUGUAUAGUGUUAUGUAGUAGGUGGUGUAGUGUUAGCACACAGUUAGGCAAACACAUUGACAGGAUACACUUCCACACUCCAUCCCCCAGGGGGCAGCAGCAACCUUGUCCAAAUGCUGAGCCUUGGUUGAUAAGCACAUCAGGUUCUGCCAAUGAAGGUGAUGGUCAGUCAGAGAAGCAGCAGAUAGAGCUGUGAGGCUGAUGGGUUUGUUUAGUUUGGGCCUUUGGUAUUUUUCCUUUUUGUACAUAUUCAUGUUUCGUCACCAUCUGAACAAAUAACAAUCUGCUUGGACGACCAAGACGUCAAGAAAGACUGAGCUGGCCCUGGACUAAGGUAAGGUUGCUGUCUCCCUGGGCACAUGUACAGUUGAAGUCGGAAGUUUACAUACACUUAGGUUUGGAGUCAUUAAAAUUCGUUUUUUAACCACUCCACACAUUUUUUGUUAACAAACCAUAGUUUUGGCAAGUCGGUUAGGACAUCUACUUUGUGCAUGACACAAGUAAUUUUUCCAACAAUUGUUUACAGACAGAUUAUUUCACUUAUAAUUCACUGUAUCACAAUUCCAGUGGGGUCAGAAAUUUACAUACACUAAGUUGACUGUGCCUUUAAAUAGCUUGUAAAAUUACAGAAAAUGAUGUCAUGGCUUUAGAAGCUUCUCAAUUGGAGGUGUACCUGUGGAUGUAUUUCAAGGCCUACCUUCAAACUCAGUGCCUCUUUGCUUUCACAUAAAUGCACUCAUUCAUUCAGGUUACAGACCAGCUAACUAGGCCUAGGACCCCUAGACAAAGAGAGUGCAACACUAUCCUUAGGCUAGUUCUGGGUUUCGUAACAAUAUUUAUAGGAAAGGGAGGAUGGACCAUAUAUCUUUUUUUAAAUUAUUCUCGUUAACAAACUACUAAAUGUAUUUGAAUAUAUGUUCUCAUCUCUUGCAGACUCUCCCCCCGGCAACUACUGGGUGCUGUCCACCGACUACGAGGGCUACUCCGUGGUCUACGGCUGCACGGACAUCCUGGGCACCUUCCACGCCGACUUUGGCUGGAUCCUGAGCAGAGAGCCCACCCUCUCUGAGGAGAAACUGGAGGAGCUGUACAACGUGUUCACCUCCAACGGCAUCAACAUCGACGUGAUGACCGUCACCGACCAGAGCCAAGAGCUGUGCGCUGACAUGCCUCUGUGGGCCUAAGAGACUCCCUGAUUCAGUCCACAACAGACGUAUGAUUUGCAUUCAUAACAUGGCAUCCACAUGGACGCCUGCAUGGUUGUUUGUGUUUGGGCUGUACAUGUUAUCUUACGAGGAAAUGCAAUAAAAUUAUAGAAGAAAAA